AUGGCGUCAUGGAGAUUUGGCCCCCGGCUGCCUCACCACUUUUAUGAGCGCCUUGGGUACAGACAUGGAGCAAGCAGCUAUCGAGGAGGGCGCUCAGUUGCUCGAGCUUAG